CGUCUGUGUCAGUGCAGCGCAUCAGGCAGCAUCUCCUGUGCCAUCGCAGUGAACCAGUGAACCCACAUCUGAAGGAAAGUAUCUUUCAGGGUGAGCUGCUAUGGGGAAGGAGAAGCUCCACAUAAACAUUGUGGUGAUAGGACAUGUCGACUCAGGCAAGUCCACCACCACCGGCCACCUCAUCUACAAGUGUGGAGGCAUUGACAAGAGAACAAUUGAGAAGUUUGAGAAGGAAGCUGCUGAGAUGGGAAAAGGUUCCUUCAAAUAUGCCUGGGUUCUGGACAAGCUGAAGGCAGAGCGUGAGCGUGGCAUCACCAUCGAUAUCUCUCUUUGGAAGUUUGAGACCAGCAAGUACUACGUCACCAUCAUUGAUGCUCCAGGACACAGGGACUUCAUCAAGAACAUGAUCACUGGGACUUCUCAGGCUGACUGUGCUGUGCUGAUCGUGGCUGCAGGCGUGGGCGAGUUUGAAGCUGGCAUCUCUAAAAACGGGCAGACUCGUGAGCACGCCCUCCUUGCCUACACCCUGGGAGUGAAGCAGCUCAUUGUGGGCAUCAACAAAAUGGAUUCCACUGAGCCCAACUACAGCCAGAAGCGGUACGAGGAGAUUGUGAAGGAAGUCAGCACUUACAUCAAGAAGAUUGGCUACAACCCUGACACUGUGGCCUUUGUGCCCAUCUCUGGUUGGAAUGGAGACAACAUGUUGGAACCCAGCCCCAAUAUGAGCUGGUUCAAGGGCUGGAAGAUCAACCGUAAAGACGGUAAUGCCUCAGGCACUACACUGCUGGAGGCACUGGAUGCCAUCCAGCCUCCGACCCGCCCCACCGACAAGCCCCUCCGCCUGCCUCUGCAGGACGUCUACAAGAUUGGAGGUAUUGGUACUGUACCUGUGGGCCGAGUAGAGACUGGAAUCUUAAAACCGGGCAUGGUGGUGACCUUUGCUCCUGUCAACGUGACCACCGAGGUUAAGUCUGUGGAGAUGCACCACGAGGCCCUGACUGAGGCGCUACCUGGUGACAAUGUAGGCUUCAAUGUCAAGAACGUGUCUGUCAAGGAUAUUCGCCGUGGCAACGUGGCUGGGGACAGCAGGACUGACCCACCACAGGAGGCAGCCAGCUUCACCUCUCAGGUGAUUAUCCUGAACCAUCCUGGUCAGAUCAGUGCUGGCUAUGCCCCCGUGCUGGACUGCCACACUGCACACAUAGCAUGCAAGUUCGCUGAACUGAAAGAAAAGAUCGACCGUCGCUCUGGUAAGAAGCUGGAGGACAACCCUAAGUCCUUGAAGUCUGGAGAUGCUGCCAUUGUGGACAUGAUCCCCGGCAAGCCCAUGUGUGUGGAGAGCUUCUCUGAGUACCCUCCCCUGGGGAGGUUUGCAGUCCGUGACAUGCGUCAGACGGUGGCAGUGGGAGUGAUUAAGGGAGUGGAAAAGAAAGCCCCCACCAGCGGUAAGAUCACCAAGUCAGCACAGAAGGCACAGAAGGCCAAAUGAACGUUGUGCUGGGCUGCUGCCCCAAACGCUCACCUUGGCCGAAGACACACUAGCAACCCGCCCCUUCUGCACACCAUAGUCAGUGUCUGGGCUAUUAUCACAAUGCAUCGCAAAAGCAGACGAAGGAAAAAAAUAACUGCCACACAGUUAGUGAAUAACAUGUUGAAACACUGUUAUAUGUAGGUCUUAUUGUCAUGCAGUUUGUGGCAGAACAACAAAUUCGUGUUACAGCUCUCCGGUUGUGUGCUGUUGUAGUUAAAAUCAAGCCGCUCAUUGAUCUGGCCAACAAACUUGACGGCUUAGCACCAGUAACAAGGCAGAGACGGUCUUUUGCCAGGUCCUUGUUGAAGUAAUGCUCUGUGUUCUAGCGUUAAGAGAUAUACUUACUAGCCAGAUGUAGAUUGGCUGCAUGUUCCUGUUUGCACCUUAGAGAAACAAGCUUCAGAAACUCUUUGUCUGAUACCUGAAAUCUUCAUGCCUAGCACUUUGCUUGACUUAAGCUCCCUCGCAGUAGCUCUGUUGAAUGUUACAGUUAAGUUCAUUAACCUUAAUCACUGUUGUUUGUGACCAUA